CGUCGGAGCACUCGGAGCAUACCGGCAUACGCGCCAUAUUCUUUCUGUCGUCGCUCACGAAGCACGCUUGCGGAGUACAUUUGCUCGCCGCUCGUUUUGUCAAUUUUUAAACACCGGCACGAAAAUGUCGUACAAGGGGCCGCAAAAAGUCCAGAAGGUGAUGGUGCAGCCCAUCAACCUGAUAUUUCGCUACCUGCAAAACCGCUCGCGCGUGCAAGUCUGGCUGUUCGAGAACGUUAACCUGCGUAUCGAGGGGCACAUCGUCGGCUUCGACGAGUACAUGAACCUGGUGCUGGACGAGGCCGAGGAGUACCACCAGAAGACGAAGAACAGGAAGCCGCUCGGACGGAUCAUGCUGAAGGGCGACAAUAUCACUCUGAUCCAGAACACCAAUCCCACGGUGAACUAAAGGAGGAAACAUAACCUCAACCUGGCGUCUGUCUUGGCGGGCGCCGGGUAAGACCGGCUCCGGACUCGGGGGGUCUCCUCUUGGAUUGUGUUUUUGGACUUGGACUGUAGAAGCUCUCUCAGGGAGGUCGUUGAACGCGAGACUCGUCGUUAACUCGUCAGACAUGCGAAAAGAAAUGUAUCGCGUGAUUCAUGAAUGUAUCAAUGGAGAUUUGUAUUUGUUGCCUAGGUACAAACUUCGGCUAUGUGAGUCUUUGACGAAUGCGAGAUGCGAUUAAAUUCUGUUGUGAGAAAAGGAUCACUCAAUAUUUUAAACGAGCAUCCUGAUUUAAUUUUUGCGUAUGAAUCUGUAGUUCUAGUAAUAUGUAGUCGUAUUCUGUGAGUGCUGUCUAAAAGCACAGCUCUAUCAAUUUUCGUACAUCGUAUUAUAACUUUUGUGACCAAUUCUGAAUGUGUAUGUGGAAGGAUGAACAGGAAAAUCAGAAUGUAUGCGAACAAUUAUUAAAAUAGUUUCGUAUUCUAAAACGUUAUCUUUAUUUUUUAUUUGUAACAUCCAGAUGUUUAUAAAAUGUGAUUAGGCAGAAAAGUACUGAGAUAAUGUGAUUACGUAUGUCUAUGAAAACGUUUAAACAUAAAGUAAUUUAAUAAAGACCAUUUUUAGUAACUACAAAA